AUGGAGCAGGGCUUCUUGUACGAACGCAUCGUAGCGUCGCGCCUAGACAACAUUUUCCUGCAGCCGCACCCCCCAAUCCUGACACCCUCCGGGCGCAACCGAGACUGGGAACGCUUUGUUGGGAGCGAUGGCCCUCUGGGCGAGCGGGCGCGGAAACUUAUCGGCCAUAGGUAUGUUUCAGAAAAAAGAGGCAUUUCUGCGAAAAGCCACCGCCUGCACGAUCUCAUGGAUGUCACGAUCAACACAGGCAGUCGCGACGUGCACGAGUUGUAUCUGCAAUGGAGAGACGAAAAUCGAAAAGACUUCAAUGAAAAUUCAUCAGGCGCUGCCGCUUCGUCAGCUCUGUUUGACAACAGCGGUAGCACUCCGACUAGUCUCGCGACCGUUCAAAAUCUCGACGGUCAAACAGCAGAGGGGGCCUAUAGUGAUCGCUAUCACGUUCAAUAUCGCAGUCGUGUGUCC